AUGUCUCGACGCGAGGACUGCCGGAGCUCUACUUGUACAAGCACAGAGUGUUUGCGAUCACAAUGUUUCUCGCAAACGGACAAUAUUCCGUUGUGCUUGGGGCGGCCGGACCCGGGCAAGGAGAAGUUGUUUCCGUGGUCCAGAUCUACAAGCAGAGAUGAACCUGGAUCACCUUCAAACCGCCAUCGAACAUGCCACCAUAACCCGCUUCCGCAACACAGACAUCAAACUUCCAGGCGAUCAGGGCCGGCACAAUGUAUCCAAGUAGCUAUACGGCGCGGCUGCUGGGUUGAUCAGGAGAUACAGCUCCCAGAUGGGUGCUGCGGUCGGCAUUUGGUAGCGUCAUGGUGUGUCACCUUUUACAUUGUCAGGCUACUGGUCACAUUUUUGGAGUAUGAAGCGUUACCGUCGCUCUCACGCCACGGCGGGAUCCUCGCCUUUACCGCGCGAAAUCCCACCCUUUCGUCAUCAAGGUGA